UUACUCACCUUCAUGUUGUUCCAAACCUGUAUGACUUUCUGUUUUCCAUGAAACACAAAAGAAGAUAGGCAGAAUGAUAGCCUGAGUCACCAUUCACUUUCAUUUAAUCUUUUUUUAAUACAUUUCCAUAUACUUCUAUUCUUUAACUUUGGUUCACACUUUGGGCUGUGAUAUUUCCUGCCAAAAGAAACAAUCAUUAUCAAUCCUGUCUUCACUUGUAUAGCCUACACGUAAUGUUAAGUGUGUGCUGUGUGCAUGGGACUAUGUGUGAGUGUAUGUACGGUUCACAGUGUGUGUCUCUGGACAUCUUUAUGUAUUGCAUGCAUGGCAAAUGAGCUUGUGGUUAUACUGUAUAAGGAUUAUUGACAUUACAUGCUUUCACAGUGGGGAAUAUGAGCAUAUGCAAAUUCACAUUGGCAGGCAGAUGGCACAUAAUCCCAAAAAAUAGGAGUGUUUGUGCUAUCUGUGGGUGAAUGCGUGCAAACUGUGGAUGUAUUGUAUGUAAAUGAAGUUGCGCAAAACGCAAUUUGUGAUUUUCCUGAGAAAUAGGUCAUUGCGCUUUGACGUUUCAAAAGCAGGUCUGUUUUCAACGCAAAGUCUAAACUCAGUUCCUGCAUUUGCAGUUUGGAGAAUCCACUAACAGGUUGUAAUAAAGUUCUUGUCCAAACUCUGAAAAUAAAAUGGAACAUCAAAUUAUGUCCAUUAUGUAUUUUUCCACCUGUUGUCUUACAGUGAUUUUUAAGUCACUGCAAAAGUGCCGAUGGAAGAAGUUGGAAAGAGUAAAAUGUUUGGAUUUGGUAUGAAUUUUCUUUUUACCACUUCAUUAUUUUGAUUAUAUUUUAAUUUAGUUUGAAGUGUAAUUUGAAAUUACCCUUGAUAAUGAAGUGCGUUCCGAUACAGUUACUGUUAAUACUAGUCAUUAAUUGUGUGUCAGUAGAUGAAAAUAAUUAAUAAUACUUACAUUCUCUAUAAUUUAACAGAGCGUAAAUCCAAAUCCUGACAAGAAACACAUUUCCCUUGCAUAUAAAAGGAGUGUGUCACUGUCAUAGAAAUAUGCCUUACAUUUACCAUUUAAAUUUGUUAAUGCACAAAAGAAUGUAAGUUUUCUAUUUCUAAUUUCUAUUCUUCUAAUUUAUUGCAUACAGUCCAUUUACACUACCAACUUAUUAUAAAUGUGCUGUCUAUGUUUACAUUAUAUCGCUGGUGCUUGGGGAAUGGACUAUAUAAUAGGACGCAGAUGGUGGAACAACCGGAGAAGAAACUCAGAACUAAAUUGCUCUUGACCCAGCCUAUUAAUGCUUUGCACAUUCAAUUUCACCAAACCCACUAGCACCUAGACUUACCGCAUACUUGCAGGAAAAUACUGAAACUUCAUGGCCCUGCCAUUGACUUUGUGUGUAUGAUUUAUGGUAUUGCGCCAAACUUAGUUCUAUAGCGCUCUUAAAAUAGGGCCCAUGAUGUCUUACAUACUGUAUUUCUGCCAUGCAUGUUAGCCAUGAUAAUGUUUUGCCUGUUAAUUAUUGAUUUGAAUGUUAAUGAUUGAAAUGGACUUUGCAAAGGCUGAAAUUUGAACAGUGGCUCAGAUUUAUGGAGAACUGGAAUUCCUUGGCAAGUGGUAGUCUUGAACAAUUAAAGUACCAUGAUGACAUUUUCCAAGCAGAUACAUUUCACCAUUGCUGGAUUAUUUAUGGGUUUGUCUAUUUUCACCCUGAGCUGCAGCGGAGGUAAAGUUCUUGUGUAUCCUGUUGAUGGAAGCCACUGGGUCAAUAUGAAAGUUCUGAUAGAAGAGCUGCUCUCCAGGGGCCACAGCCUCACCGUGAUACGACCCAAAUCCAGCUGGUACAUCACAGAAAACUCCCCUCUGUACACUUCCAUCACCAUCCCCGAUGAAGUUAAUGAAUUUGAGAACUUUUUUGACGAGUAUUUAUCGAUAGCAAUGGAGAUAGAGCGAGGCGAGGCUUCUGGAUUGUCAUUCUUGAAGCUUCAGGCUGAUUUGUUCUCAAUGCUAUCAACAGCACAUUAUAUUGCAUGUAAUAUGGUGUCAGCCAUCUUAGAGGAUAAGAUGCUUGUGAAAAGACUUCGUGAAGCACAGUACGACUUGGUGCUCACCGAUCCUGCCAUAGCAGGUGGUGUAGUUUUAGCUCAUUACCUAAAACUCCCUCUUGUUCUCAAUGUACGCUGGACCACCAGUGGUGAAGGACAUUUUCUUAUAGCACCAUCUCCUAUGUCCUACAUACCUUUACCAGGCACUGGCCAGACAGACAAAAUGACUUUUACUCAAAGGCUUAAGAACGUUUUAUUUCACAGCUUCACUUUUUACCAGGAUCGAUUUGUGGUGGGUCCACAUUAUGAUGCACUGAUAGACAAGUACUUAGAUGAAAAAACGAACAUUGUCGGCCUCAUUCAAGCUGCUGAUAUUUGGCUCAUGCGGGUUGAUUUUGUCUUUGAAUUCCCGAGGCCCACCAUGCCAAAUGUCAUCUACAUGAGUGGAUUCCAAUGCAAACCUUCAAAGCCUCUUCCUGAAGAUCUGGAGGCUUUUGUGCAGAGCUCAGGGGAUCAUGGCUUUAUUAUUAUGUCUUUGGGGACACUCGUUAAAAGCCUACCCGUAGACAUGGCAAAUGAAAUUGCUGCUGUUUUUGCAAGUUUACCCCAGAAAGUCAUCUGGAGACAUUUGGGACCUCGUCCGUCCGCUGUGGGCAACAACACACUUAUAGUGGAAUGGAUGCCGCAAAAUGACCUCCUGGGACAUUCUAAGAUCAAAGCCUUUGUUGCACAUGGAGGAACCAAUGGAGUGCAAGAAGCAAUUUACUAUGGAGUACCGGUUCUGGGCAUCCCUUUGUUCUUUGACCAAUUUGACAACUUAAUACGCAUUCAAGAGAAAGGUGGGGGCAAAGUCCUUAAGCUGUCAGAGCUGAAUGGUCACACUUUUGGACAAACACUGUGGGAAUUGAUCAGUGAUGCCUCCUACAGGACAAAUAUGGAAAAGCUCUCCAGUCUGCACAGAGAUCAGCCAAUGGGACCUUUGGACACAGCCAUCUUCUGGAUCGAAUAUGUGAUCAGAAAUAAGGGAGCCACCCAUCUACGCUCCGAGUUUUACAAGAUGCCAUGGUACUCCUACCAUUCUGUAGAUGUGCUUUUUGUUUUGUUCUCUGUUGUAGGUGUGUUUGUGCUUGCCAUAGUUGCAUGCACCAGAUAUGUGUGUUAUAAAAUAUGCUAUAAGCAAAAACUGAAAAAUGAAUGAUCCUAUUCAGAUGAUUUUUAUUUAAAGAUUUGUAUGGGAAAGAAAAUUAUAAAUAAAAUGUCAAAUGACCUGC